AUGCCCUCCACACCGGCACCUAAUACGCAGCGGCGAAGGUCAGGUGAUGUCAAGGCACUCCGUGUACUCGGCGGACCUGCGUGGCUGCCGGAAAGUAUCCGUUCAUUGACACCAGAAACCCUGUCCAGAACCUCCACCGCCAGUAGUCGUAAAAGGCAAGAAGGCGAAAACCCGGUGAACAAACAACAAGCAGCUAGAGACAUCGGCAUGGUUACAUCGAAAGGGUCACAGACCAGCGCGAAUUCAUCCUCCACCGGCAAGAAAUCCGUUGCUUCGUCGAAGAGCAGUAUUGCGCGGAUAUUCUCUAGAGCUGUGCCUGACAUGCGGCUCAUAGAGCUGAUCGGCAAGGGAAUGAGUCCGCUGCUGAGGGGCUCACCGCAGAAGAGUCUCGCACAGCCGCCUAAAGACGAGCUGAGCAAGCAGGUUGAUGACAAACCCCAGCCUGUUACGGUUGAUAAAAGCAUCGAGCAACAUGACAAAUCAAUGCAGAGACCGGCUGUCAGGCCACAGCUGUCAGCCAUGAAGUCGGAGAAAAGCAGCUCACGGAAUCGCAGCAAGGAGAGGAAGCGGCCUGCAGCAGUAUCGUGGUCGAGGCAUAGCGAGCACCAUAUCACAUCAUCCAAAAAGCGCUCAACGCCCGCCCUAUCUAGCUCUCGUUCAAGCCCUGGUCUUAUCCACUCUUCAAGGCCGGCACUCAGUGCUGCAGACCACCAUGGUUCACACAGCAGCACGCACAGCCACGCAUCAACGCCACUCACCAUCCUAGACAUCCGCGGCUGCCCCGAGCAGUGCGACAGCGCUUCCAUGCUCCCCACGCUCGCCCACAAGCGCUCACGGCCCGCCUAUCUGCGUUCGCUCAGCAGCAUGGACAAGCUGUUCCGGUCCCGUUCCGCACAGAAAAGCGAGAGCGGAGCCUCCGUGCUCUCGAGCCCUGGACCAAUUCCCUCAUCUCAAUCGGUCACCCCGCUCGGAACGCCCACGUCGACCGCGUCUUCGCCUGUGUUGACACACACCAAACCGUACCACAAGCAGCGAAAGUCCUUCCUCCGCUGGCACUGGCUCGGCUUCGGUCCCGCGGCCUCCAGCCCCAUGGAUCUGAGAGCGCAGACACCAAUCUCAACAGCCACGCCUCACAGCCAGCCAGGCGGAGGAGUAGCAACAGCGAAAGCGGCAGAAUACUUCGAUCCCACCGACCCAGCCGUCAUACGCACCCUCUCGAAAGGCAAAGACAGCAAGAGCAAGCCUGGCGCCUCGAAAAGAGAUAAGGCGGUCCGCCGCGUCGCAAGCGACGACGACUUCCCCCGCAAAGCCAUGCGCAAAGCGACGACGCGGUACCAUCCCCAGCGCGAAGCCGACGUGUACUCUCUCUCGAGCGACAAAUCAAGACACAGUCCGCCCGCUGAAGCCGCGCAAACCGCGCCCGCGACAGCAGCGGCAGCACCAACGCACCCCAUGAUGCCAGUCACGGGCGCAAAAUUCGCGCUCCCGCGCCAGCCCCCCCGUCAAUCUGCCGACCCAGCGAGGGCCCCGGCGUUCUUGCCAGAGGCGCAGCGGGUUAGUACGCCGCCGCUACCGACAAGCCGGCCGGGCAGGCAGGGCAAGCUGACAGGCUUCUUCAUGAGCUUCGCCGCGCCCGGCUCGGAGGACCCACUCACCACGCCUCCCGCACGGCUGGCGCUCAGGCCGCCGCUCUCUGCGCCUGCGGUCCCGUCGGCGCCCUCUACAUCCGCACUCGCAGACGACGGAGCAGAGAAGGAGGGGAAGGAGAUGGACUACUACCGCGUGCGCAUGGAGCGCAUCAUGAAUGCCUCCGAAGAUGAGGAUGCGAGUGAGGACGAGGAGGUGGAGGCGAGGGCGGGCUUCGAUUGGAGCAUCCCGGAGCAUCUGCCCAACUCGCCGCUGUGUCCGCUUAGUCCGAAGUUUAGGGGCGGCGGGAGGGGCAUCUGUGUGUAUCAUGGACGGGGGAGGGGGGUAAGCGGUUCCGGUCUGGGGUUCUGA